AGGGUGUGUGUGUGUGUGUGUGUGUGUGUGUGUGUCCAUGUGCUGCUGGUAAAAACAGAAACUAAAAACAACAACAACGCGAGUUCACGGUCACGAAGUCCUGCACAGUCUGGAUCCAGUUCUAACAGCAGACAGGACACAAUGAGUGCAGAUGAUCCUGAAACAUCAGACUGGACCGACGCAACCGUCCUGAAGCUUCUUGUUGCAAUGAAAAGAAGCAUCCCCGAAGAUGAGAGACAUCUUUCGUUUUACGCAGGGAUGAGACACAUGGACUGGAAAACAGUGGCGUUCCCUCCUUUCUCUCCUGAAGCAUGCCAACAAAAGUGGAGUGAGAUUUUGGCGAAGAUACGCAAGACUCGGACCUUCGGAGAGCUCAUGGAUGAAGCUGAAGACGUCAUUUCCAAAACUGAGAAAUACCAGCUUUCACUUGAAGAGAACAACAGAAAGAUGCCAGAGUCCAGGAAACAGAGUCAGAAACCUUCCAAAGACAGGAAGAGGAAGAGGAAGUCGGACAUUACACUCAGUCCAGAUGAGUUUCCUGGCGAGCCGAAGAUGCCAACUCAAUCUGCUUGUGUAGUUUUCCGGGAAGAACAGAUGAUUCUUCUGUGUAAGAAAGUCCCGUCUAAAAAGGAGCGCUUCAUGAAAAUCGACAAAAUGUGGAAGGACCUUUCCGACGCAGAGAAAGAACCCUACAAAGAGAAAAUGCAGGAAAAUGUUAUGAAAUACUCGAUGGAGUUGCAGGAGUGGUUUAAGACACUGACAGCAGCAGUACAGGAAGACUAUCUGACAUGUAAACCCAGUAAACGUGAAUUUCUUGAUGGCAAAACUGUGGCAAGAUCAAAAGUGUCGAGAAAGAUGAACUUCGCGUUGUUAUCAGAUUCAGACAGCAGCAGUGAUGACGACGAUUGAAGAGGAAGAGGAAGCGGGAGAUGACAUCACGUUUUGGUGACUGAAACGGACAAAAACAAAAGCAACACACGAUCGCUCUGAAAACCUUUUUUAAGGCCGUGUUGGCUUGACUGUUGCUGUCUCCAGUGCUCCUACAUAUUGCAUAUUAAUAUUAAAUAUUUAAGGGUGGGUUCUGCUUUAUGACCUUUUUUUUUGUUUUUUAGGUCAGCUGUUCAUUUAUAAAUAUUAGAGAGAGCAGCAGGACUGUGGGAUUUUACUGAUUUUGUUGGAGUCAAAAUGAACAAAUGUGUUUUUAUGUGACGGCUGUUUUUUUUGUUUUAAUUAAAUGGAAAAGCAAAGAAAUUUACUUUAUCAAACAUUGAUUUUUGUUUUAUUGUUAGAAACCCUUUGCACAUUGUAUUUGUAAAUCCGAGAGAUUUCUAAUAAACAAGUUUUAUAAA